UUGCUUCAGUGUAUAAGCUUAGCUCUCUGUGUUGCAUUCAGUGAAGUAAUCAUCACAAAAUCUUUCUGGGUUAUUGUUAUCGGCCCCUGCAGCAAUGGAGCUCCGUUUCCUACCAAUCUUUGCUUUUCUUUCGCUUGCAUUGGUUGUCAGCCAUGCCACUUUACCUUCAGAAGUUUAUUGGCAAUCAGUGCUUCCAGAUACUCCCAUGCCCAAAGCAAUCCGUGAUCUCUUAUGGCCUGAUUUGACAGCAGAGAAAAGUGCCUCUGUUGUGAUAGGGAAGGGUGGCGUCCACGUCGUUGCCGGAAAGGGGAAGCCUGGUGGUACUUCGGUGGACGUAGGAAAGGGUGGUGUGCAUGUUAACACGGGGAAGCCCGGUGGGUCUGGUACAGCAGUCAACGUAGGCAAGGGCGGAGUCACCGUGAAUACCGGAAAAGGGAAGCCCCAUGGCACCAGCGUCAAUGUUGGACGCAAAGGAGGCGUCGGAGUGCACACCGGAAAGCCUGGGGGCGGAAGCGGAACUCACGUCAACGUCGGAAAGGGAGGAGUAACAGUCAACACAGGACACAAGGGAAAGCCUGUGUACGUCGGAGUGCAUCCCGGCGCUAGUCCUUUCCUUUACAAGUACGCCGCCUCUGAGGACCAGCUCCGAGACGACCCGAACGUGGCUCUCUUCUUUAUGGAGAAAGAUUUGAACGCCGGCACCAAGAUGAACUUGCGCUUCACCAAAACAACCAGCGGUGCAACCUUCUUACCACGCCAAGUUGCAGACACCAUACCCUUCUCCUCCAAGGCGUUGCCGCAGAUCCUCCGGCAGUUCUCGGUGGAGCCUCAAUCAGAAGAAGCCGAGCUCAUGAAGAACACCCUCGAAGACUGUGAAAUGCCGGCCAUGGAGGGAGAGGACAAGCUGUGUGCAACAUCGCUGGAGUCGAUGGUCGAUUUCAGCACUUCAAAGCUUGGAAAGCAUGUUGUGGCCAUGUCCACAGAGGUUGAUAAGGAGAACACCAAGAGGCAGCAGUAUACCAUCUCACCGGGCGUCGAGAAAUUGUCCGACGACAAGUCGGUGGUGUGCCAUAGCGAGAACUACCCAUACGCUGUCUUCUAUUGCCAUGCCACACAGACCACAAGGGCUUACGCUGUUCCUCUGGUUGGUGCUGAUGGAACCAAGGCCAAGGCUGUUGCUGUAUGCCACACUGACACAGCGAAAUGGAAUCCCAAGCACCUGGCCUUCCAGGUACUCAAGGUUAAGCCCGGAACGGUUCCUGUCUGUCACUUCCUUCCUGAGGAUCACGUUGUCUGGGUUGGCAAGUAGAAAUUCACAGAGAGGACGACAGAGCUUGCAGUUCUCCCAUGGUUUCUACUGUUAGUUUGAUUGAGGCUGGUUGAUGUUUAGCUUGGGCUGUCACAGUAUUUUAUGUUUGCUUUGGUUAGUCCCCGUCUGAUUCCUAUAGUUGGCUUGAUAUACAUAUUACAUAAAAAGCUUGCUGAAUGGAGAUGUAAUAGUGAUAAAUAAUAGAUGUUUUCUUGUUUCUUCUGUACUAUAUAUUCUUAAUUCUGAUAAAAUAAAUACAGCCCUUUUAUGAGAUCAA